GGAAAUGGUUGGGUUGGGAGAUAUGUUUUACGAUGAAUGCGAGAAAGCUGACCGGUGAACCGUCGCCGUCAUAAGAAUUAAGAGCCAACCCAUCUUCCUGCCUAACUCACUGUCGAACUCCCUCCCCUCCCUCUCUCUCUCUCUCUCUCUCGAUCGAAUAUGGUUGGGACUCGACCAAUUUCGUUUCAGUUUUUGGUUCUGGCGUUGACCCUGCAGGUCGCAUUAAUCGCUGGCGAGUUCUUCAAACCAUUCAACGUCAGCUACGAUCACCGAGCGCUGAUCAUAGACGGCAAGAGGCGGAUGCUUAUCUCCGCCGGGAUUCACUAUCCUCGCGCCACUCCUGAGAUGUGGCCUGAUCUGAUUUCUAAAAGCAAGGAAGGUGGAGCAGAUGUCAUCCAAACUUAUGCAUUUUGGAGUGGACAUGAGCCAGUAAGAGGGCAGUAUAACUUUGAGGGGAGAUAUGAUAUCGUCAAAUUUGUGAAGCUAGUGGGAUCCAGUGGACUCUAUCUUCAUCUUCGAAUAGGUCCUUAUGUCUGCGCGGAGUGGAAUUUCGGGGGUAUCCCUGUGUGGCUCCGUGAUCUUCCUGGCAUAGAAUUUCGAACAGACAAUUUACCCUUCAAGGAUGAGAUGCAGGGCUUUGUUAAGAAGAUAGUGGAUCUGAUGCGUGAAGAGAUGCUUUUCUCUUGGCAAGGUGGUCCAAUCAUUAUGUUGCAGAUUGAAAAUGAAUAUGGAGAUGUUGAAAGAUCUUAUGGUCAGAAAGGGAAGGACUACGUUAAAUGGGCUGCUGAAAUGGCUAUUGGGCUCAAUGCUGGUGUUCCAUGGAUCAUGUGCAAGCAAGUUGAUGCUCCAGAAUAUAUUAUAAAUGCUUGCAAUGGAUACUACUGUGAUGGUUUUAGGCCUAAUUCUUACAAGAAACCAAUAUUGUGGACAGAGAACUGGGAUGGAUGGUAUACAAAAUGGGGUGGAAGGUUGCCACAUCGACCUGCUGAAGACAUUGCAUUUGCAGUUGCUCGUUUCUUUGAACGUGGAGGGAGCUUUCAGAAUUAUUAUAUGUUUUUUGGUGGAACAAACUUUGGGCGGACUUCUGGGGGACCAAAUUAUAUUACUAGUUAUGAUUAUGAUGCUCCACUUGAUGAAUAUGGAUUACUAAGACAGCCUAAAUGGGGCCACCUAAGGGAUCUGCAUGCUGCUAUAAAGCUCUGUGAACCAGCUCUAGUUGCUGUUGAUUCACCUCAUUACCUUAAAUUGGGACCAAAACAGGAGGCUCACGUGUACGGUAGAAGUGUUAAUAGGGAAGGUCAGGCCCUACUUUGGUCAGGAAAUAAAAGAAGCUGCUCAGCCUUCAUUGCAAAUAUUGAUGAACAUAAUGUGGCUGUUGUUAAAUUCUUGGGUCAAGUGUAUACUUUACCGCCGUGGUCAGUGAGUAUAUUACCAGACUGCAGGAACACGGCUUUCAACACUGCCAAGGUUGGGGCACAGACUUCCAUUAAGAAAAUGGAAUUCACUUUACCUCUCUCUACAACUGUUUCUGUUCCUAGACAAUCACCGGGAGAGGAUGAAACUUUCUAUAUCUCAAAUACUUGGAUGACUGUUAAAGAGCCAAUUGGUGCAUGGGGUGCAGACAAUUUCACUGCCCAAGGAAUAUUGGAGCAUCUAAAUGUGACAAAAGAUCGGUCUGAUUACUUGUGGUGUAUGAUAAGAGUAUAUGUGUCCAAUGAUGACAUCUUAUUUUGGGAGAAAAGUUCAACUGAGCCAGCUCUUGUAAUUGAUAGCAUGCGUGACUUGGUGCGCAUAUUCAUAAAUGGAAGACUUACAGGCAGUGCAGCUGGCCAUUGGAUCAAGGUCAAUCAGCACAUUCAGUUUGUACAAGGAUACAAUGAUUUAGUGUUAUUAUCCGAGACAGUUGGGCUGCAGAAUUAUGGUGCUUUCUAUGAGAAAGAUGGAGCUGGGUUUAAGGGUCAAAUUAAGCUUACUGGGUUUAGAAAUGGGGAUAUUAACCUCUCCGACUCGUUGUGGACAUACCAGAUUGGGCUCAAUGGUGAGUUCCUGAAAAUAUAUAGCAUUGACGAAAAUGAAAAGGCUGAAUGGACUGAUUUGACAAUUGAUGCAAAUUCAUCUACCUUCUCCUGGUUCAAGACGUACUUUGAUGCCCCUGUUGGGACAGACCCAGUUGCCCUUGAUUUGGGAAGCAUGGGAAAAGGCCAGGCAUGGGUUAAUGGCCACCAUAUAGGAAGAUACUGGACUCUGGUUUCACCAAUACAUGGAUGUGAAAGGAAUUGUGACUACCGUGGCCCUUAUAAUUCAGACAAGUGCACAACAAACUGUGGCCAGCCAACGCAGAUCUGGUACCAUGUACCACGAUCCUGGUUACAGGCAUCAAACAAUUUACUUGUCAUCUUUGAGGAGACUGGAGGAAACCCGUUUGAAAUUUCAAUAAAGUCACGUUCUACCGUUAGCAUUUGUGCUCAAGUAUCAGAAUCCCAUUAUCCACCCCUUCAGUGGUGGUCCCAUCCAGAUGUCGUCAGUGGAAAGAUAUCAAUAGGCGAUCUGACCCCAGAACUGCAUUUGCAGUGCGAUGAUGGGCAUCAGAUUUCCUCCAUAGAAUUUGCUAGCUAUGGAACCCCUGCAGGUAGCUGCCAAAGUUUUUCCACAGGCAACUGCCAUGCACCAAAUUCGUUGUCUGUGGUGUCUCAGGCAUGUCAAGGAAAGAAUAGAUGUUCAAUUGGAGUCUCUAAUGCUGUAUUUGGAGUUGACCCUUGUCGUGGCAUAGUCAAGACCUUAGCUGUCGAGGCAAGGUGCACCCCGUCAAGCACCGGUUUCACGGCAAUGAUGAGGAAUGCAGCUGACGUGCCAACGCAGGUUGUUUUCUGUUUCAUAACAAAAGUUGUGUAACUGCACUCAAAAUUUUCAAACUUAUGUGCGAUUCAAUUGUAUCCUACUUCGGUGCCUCUAUGUGAGUAAAGUCUGAAAACCGCUGGUGGUAGAUUCUUUUUUUUUUUUUUUUUUUUAAGAAAAGAAA